GCACGAGUCUCAUUCCGUAAUAGUCCCCGUCCUCAAAAUAUUUGUAAUGAUAACAGAUGGGUCUAAUAAGGUACAUGGGUCUUAAGGAGCUUUCGUGCUUGAAUCGAAACACGAAAUCCAGAUCAUUGGUUCAAUCCCGCCGACCUUGGUUGCCUGGUGACGUCGCUUGAUAACCACAACGAGGACGCAGACGUGGUCAACAACAUUUGCAGCAUUAUGUAUGAGAUUAUCGAGCGUGGGAAUAUAGAGGCUAUGAUUGCGGCUGAAUUUAUACAAAGUCUGGUCAAUUUGAUUCAAACUCUGAAGGUUGGUGAGUUAGACCCUGUUCGAGUAGAAACAAUCAUUUAUGCUGCUGUUGCAACAAUUAAUAUUGUUAUUGCCAGUGGGAAUGGUGCUCACAUCAAGUAUGGAACCUCUUUUUCGGGGUACUUGGCGGAUAUCUCCUGCAUAGAGGUUCUGUGUGAUUUCAUUGCUUCACGCUGUAGUGAAAAAUUUAUGAGGAACAGUGUUCGUAGAUUAGAGAAAAUCUUGGAGGUUGGGGCAAAAGAUGCUCUGUCUAUUGACUAUGUUUGCCGGAUUGAAAAGAAGAUUGAAAGCAUUCACGCUAAGUGGUAUCACAUGUUUUGAGUUUUAGUUACAUUCUGUUAUCCAAGUAAAUUUAAGUACCCUGAAAUUCUACGCACAAUUCAGUGUGUAAUUCAGUUAACUAUCUAAGUUUGAUGCUGAGAAUAUGACAUCCCGAGGUUAAUGGUG